CUGUGCUCGCUAUUCUGCAAUCUGUGGAUGCAUCCCAUAUUUUAUUUCCACUUUACAUCGCGGAACACUCCAGGAACACUCCGGGAACACUCCAGGAACACUCCGGGAACACUCCAGGAAGUUUUGGAUUUGGAUUUGUAAUCAGCGCUGUUAUGGACGGACACUGGCUCAGGAUCUGCGUUUUCAUGCUCACUACGAGCUUCCUUCAAGAAGUAGCAGCUCUGAACCUGAGGAACGAGCUAUUGGGAAAGUGUGUGCAGUUGCAGGAUGGAGAAAGCAAUGAAAAGGUGACUUUGGAGGAGUGUAAACCAGGUUCAGUGUUUCAAGAAUGGCAGUGGAACCCUGAGACACGCUCCUUAAGGAACCCACACACAGGAAAAUGCUUGACAGCUCUCAAGAUGCAAGCUCAGGGAACUGUGGGCCUCUUAGCAUGCAGAGCUGAAGAUGAUGAGACUCAGGCUUGGAGUUGUUCAAAAAAGGGCCACCUCACAUUGUAUGGCAAGGGCUUCCAUUUGAGUGUACGCUAUGACACAUCUGAUAUCUUUCUUUCCACUGAGCGAGGGAAGAGUUCCAAGUGGAAGACGCUGAAUGAGCGAACGGUGUGUGAGGAGCCACCGAAUGAGCCUAAGAAGAUAGAACCAAAAAUCAUUGCGAAAAUUCGCCUGUGGCAGCCUCAAGUGGAACAGGACGCUCCAAAACCCACCCAUGCUUCACACUUCCCCACUGUAUUACCCCAGUCUAACAGCAGCUCUGACGAUGGGGACUCUGGUGCAUUUGUGAACCCUUUCAGCAUGGAGUAUGGUCUGGAAUGGAAGGUGACGAUGCUGGUCCUGAGCUCAGUUGCACUCGUCAUUGGGAUGGUUAUCCUCAUCCUGAGCAUCUAUCAAAAUAGCAGACGUAAGAAGACUGUUGUGGUUCUUAAGUCAUACACAUCCACUGGUGAAGCCAGUCAGCCUGGUUCCCCAAUUACCAACGAACGAGCUCCUCUCACCAAACAUCCUUUGAAACCUCCCCACUCUCCGUCUAUUCAGCAUGGCGAGAUCAUGGUUGAAUGGAAGGACGGCACUGUUACGCCACUAUUCGACACCUAUCAAACAUCCUAAAGUGCCAGAUUGGAGCCUUACUGCAAAAUAAAUACUGUAAUACUCUUAGUUCUGUUAUUUAAAACCUCGCCUGCCACUUUUCACACUAAUGCAUUGUGCUGCUCAUACAUCAUGUAGUGUUUUGCUCCUUUUUGAUGCACCUGUUGCCUUUUUUCAUGCGUAGACAUAAUUUACUGCACAAUUCAAGACUGUUGGCCAUAGAAAUAAUGACUGCUUUGCCCAUCAUCCUCCGUUUCAAAAUGCUGGAAUCGGUUGAUGUUUGGGCGGAGGUCCAUGCACAGUCAUGUGACGUGUGUUUGUGUGUGUGGGAGAGAGUGUGAGGAUUUGCAGUUCACAAUAGAACAAGGUGAUCUACAGCAUAAUUACAUAGUGUUUCAGGGAAGUCAACAUAACUGUCACGAUUCAGCAUUACUCUAGUGUUGGUGCAGAGUUUCCUAUUUUUGUGAUGCUACAUGUUGUACAGUAUGACGUCUACAGAAAAAGCCCGAAGAUGGCAAGGGAAAAAUAAGCAAAGCAAAACAAUGCAUGUGUGCAUAAGGGUUUUGUUUCAUGUGGGUGUCCAUGUACACAACUUUGAACACCCUGAAGCAUAAUUUACUAAACAAGAGAGGCAGGUUGGAGUUCAUGCAGUCUGUUUCAUUCCUGCAGGCCCUCAUAUCUAUACUAGUUCCAACCUGCCAUGUUACAAGUAAGAUCUUUUGUCUCAAUCAUAAUUUGGAGCAGGGUGGUGUAAGCACUCUGUUCAGGAGCUGCCAUACAGCCCUUUUGUUUUAGUUUAGAAGUCAAGAAUAAAUUUUCUAACGAAUCAACGCAAUAACCAGUGUUCAUUGUGCAUCAAUGUGUGUCUUUUAAAAUGUCAUAAAUAUUAAUGUUAGGCUACUGUGUCAGCUAUGUUUUUAUUUCACUAUGUUAGGCAUGUUCAUGCUUGAGUACUGUUCAAUCAUCCCUGUUUUUAUCUUCCCAAGGAAACCAUUCAAUCCGUAAUGUGUUAUUUUAGGGUUUUUUUUGAUACCUGGUUUCUUGUCUAUUGCACUAACCUUCAUAGAUACAGACCUUUCCAUUCAAAUGCAUGAUUUAAUUCUUGGCUUUGGAAGCCAAUUGAAAAGUUAUAGCUAAUUUUAAUUUGGAUUUUCAUCACUAUGUAUUUAGCUUGCUGUGUGAAAUUCUUAGAAAGGAAAGAGGGCAUAAGUCCUGCUGUGUUUUAAACGUAACUGAUUUCCUCGAAAAGAAAAUAACGAAUGCCUCCUCAUUUUUCCUGAUUAUUUACACACUCCACCGUUCUCCUUCUGUAGCUGGAAACAAUUAACUGCUUCAGAAAAGAGGUUUAUUUUCAGUGAGAACAGACCCUCACCUCACCUGUAUUUAUUUAUAGGCAUGUAUUUGUAUUUGUUUUUCUAAUUAUAUCAGUCUCUAAUCUGUUUAUUUAGUUGCUUCCAGCACAGUUGCUUAAUAUAUAUUACAUUGAACUGUCUGUGGUAGCAAUUGGGCUUGUCAUAAAAUGUGAGAGAUGCUUCCAGCAGCUUUAAUAUAUAAUCGCAACUAAACCUAGAGGAUAUACAGGUAACAGACAGUUUUGAUAAUCUAGAGAUUCGAGAAAUAAAACUAAGAUAAGAAUGCAUGAAUGGUCUUAUACUUGUGUUUUUUUUUUUGUACUGUUUAACUCCACUUUAAUCUUGAUAUAUGUAUCUGUAUGUAAAAGAGCUUUGCAGUGAAUAAAGUUGGACUUCAAAAUGAAA